GUUGUGCAUGACAUUCAUGAUUCUGAAGUGGUUAUCUUUUGUUUUUGAAUAAUAGUAAGAAAAAAAAAGUAUACGGAAUACGAAGGGCAAUAUGAAGGGCAACGGGAGGGUUAAUGAAUGGCAACGAAAGUAGGGGAGGGGGCUCUCUGUUCUGCUUUAAAAUCAGCUUCUCAAGCUUAAUCUUCAUGUAAAGUAAAUGGGUGGCCAGAUUUGAUCCAGCUAAACCAACUCUACUUUGUCGCUCUUAACCUUCAGUUUCAGCCCCAAAGUGAGGAAACAGCAGGGUCAAGAAAAACAUUCUCAGGCUCCAGCUGAAAAGCUCUUAUUUUGAAAUCCUCCAAACAACCUAAGUAGUUCUUCCUGGAUCAAGAGCAGGAGCACACCAGAGCACAACAGUCUUGUGAGUGCAGCCCAGUCUAUCCCUGAUUUCUGCAAGUUUCUGCAAGCUGACUUCUCAUCUCAUCUCAUCAGUUUCAUAUUUGGCCUUUACCUGCAUCGCUGGCUAUGGAAGAGGAAAAACCAUGGGCUCUGCUCUCAGCUGCGGGCGAGCAGGAUUACCUUGAAGCACUCACUGACAUAAUGAAAAAACACUUCCAGAUCAUUUGCUACAGAGACUUUCUACAAAACCCUCAGCUACAUGGUCCUAAAAUCCAGGCCAUAUUAGUGUGGGGCGCCUGUCCUGCAGCCAAGCCCUCGAUGCUCAGUUUACUCCCAUCACUGAAGGUGGUCGCAAAUGGAGGAGUGGGCAUCGACCACCUUGAUGUGCCGUACAUCAACAGUCUUGGGGUGAAGGUGACCAACACGCCCGGUGUGGUGAGUGACGCCACUGCAGAUAUUUCCAUGGGUCUGCUUCUGGCAUCGGCACGGAAAAUUGUCGAGGGUCACCAAAUAGCUGUUGACCCUAAGACCACCCAUAUACCACAAUGGCUGAUGGGAGUUGAAGUCACAGGAUCGACUCUGGGGAUCAUAGGAAUGGGACACAUUGGAUUCAAAAUAGCUCAGAGAAGCAAAGGAUUUGACAUGAAGAUCCUCUAUUACAACAGGAACAGAAGAAGUGUUGAGGAUGAGCAGGCAGUGGGAGCAAGUUACUGUCAGAACAUGGACGACCUGCUGAAAGAGUCAGACUUUGUGAUGCUGGUGGUCAACCUCACUCCCGAAACCACCGGGCUGAUCGGCCACAGAGAGCUGUCUCUCAUGAAACCCACAGCAACACUGGUCAAUGUCAGCAGAGGUCUGGUUGUGGACCAGGAUGCUUUAGUCAAAGCUCUGCAGAGUGGAACGAUUCGAGCAGCUGCACUAGACGUGACUCAUCCUGAACCUUUACCAAGGAAUCAUCCUCUGCUUGGUCUUUCUAAUGUGCUGAUCACCCCCCACAUAGGCACCAACACUUACGCAACAACCAGAAGGAUGGUGCAGAGGAUGGUAGAAAAUGCAGUGGCUGCAGUGAAAGGCUUACCUAUUCCCAAUGAAGUCAAGCUAAAAUAACUUAACUGACAGUGCAUUAUCUGUCUGAAUUUAGAAGUGCUGAAUUGUUUCCAUUAGCAUUUCUAAAGGAGAAAUGCUUUUACUUCCUUAUAAAUUAGUUUAAACCUGUUUGGUUGCACGUUGAUCUGUCUAAUGGUCUGCCGCAAUCACUGUGAUAGACAUGAUCAUUUAUGUUACAUUAAGAAAGCUAAUCAAAUUGCUCCUCUGUGUUGGAUAUAAAGUGUUGGAUAUAAACUCAUAUGAUGAUUUUAAAGUUUUAAAAAUAACAACUUUUAAAACAACAUUUUGAUUAAAUGACUGUUACAUUAAAAUGCAAAGUUUAUAUGUAUAUCCUGUGAAAACCUGUUAUCACAGGUCAAAGAUCAUCAAAUGAAUCAAUAAAUAAAUGAAUAAUCAAG